AUGCUGUUUUCUUCCUCACUCUUGGGCCUUCUGGCUCUUCGCGUCUGCGGUGCCGUCGCUCAGGAUGAUGCCGUCCCAACCGACACAUUCGAGGAGGAUGCCGAACCACCCCCUCGCCCGCAGAUCAAUGCCAUCGCUUCGGCCACAUGGGAGGAUGCGAGUUUGCUUGGUCUCAAUCUGGUCAAUGGCCAGCAGAACAAGGCGGUCGUCGACAUAACGAACAAUGAGGAGGAGGCCAUCAACAUCGCCUACGUGACCGGUGCGCUCUCCAAGCCCAAGCAGCCACUCCUCGACACUCCUUUCUAUGAAAACAUAGUUCGCAACCUCUCGACUAUGCAGUACCGCCUUUCUGUUAUGCCCGGUGAGACAAAGCAGAUCACCUACUCCUUUUCGCUGGACAUGCAACCCCAAGAUCUCCUCUUGACCGUUGCCGCCGUCGUCACCAACAGCGACGGCAAGGCUUUCCAACUUGACGCCCACCAAGGCCCCGUCUCGGUCGUCGAAGCUCCGACUAGUUUCCUCGAUCCCCAGAUUGUACCGCCUGCUAACAAUGCCGCCUACAACUCUAGCAUGUUCCUCUAUCUUGUUCUCACAGCUACCUUUGCCGGCACUCUCUACUUUGCCUACAAGACUUGGAUCGAGGCUCUCUUCCCCCAAGCCAAGCGUACCAGACCCUCCAAAAAGGCUAAGAACAUGGCCGACGUCGAUGCCGCCCUCUCUGGCUCCGAGACCCUUGGCGCUUCCACCGGUAUUGGCAAGACGUACGACGAGAGCUGGAUCCCGGAUCACCAUAUGAACCGCCCCAGCGCCAAGCGUGUCAGGUCAAGCGCCAGCAAGAAGAAGCUCGUCGAAUAA